UGAAUUAAUUCGGCAAGAAGGUUUCUUCUAGUUGUGUCCUUGCUUUGUUGCAUCGAGUUGGACGCAGAGGCGAUAAUACUCUGACUGCCAAAUAAUGUCACUCGAGAACUUUAAGGUCGACGAAAAUUACCAAGUGUUAGACGCAAUAGGCGAGGGCGCGUAUGGAAUCGUAUGUUCUGCUGUACAUAUACCGACGGGGCGCAAGGUAGCAAUAAAACGCAUAACUCCUUUCGAGCAUUCUCUGUUUGCGCUGAGGACGUUGAGAGAGGUCAAAAUACUGAAACAUUUCCGUCAUGAGAAUAUUAUCAAUAUCUUGGACAUCUUGCACCCCCCAAGUUUGGACGAAUUUAAAGAAGUGUAUUUAAUUCAAGAGCUAAUGGAAACAGAUUUACAUCGAGUUAUUCGAACACAAGAACUCUCGGAUGAUCAUUGUCAGUACUUCGUUUAUCAAACGCUAAGGGCCAUCAAGGCUCUCCACUCCGCCGAGGUUCUUCAUAGGGACCUCAAGCCCAGCAAUUUGCUGUUAAAUGCAAAUUGUGAUCUAAAACUUUGCGACUUUGGACUCGCACGAACCUCAACGCAGCCUACACCAGAGGCAUCAUCAUUCUUGACUGAAUAUGUUGCAACGCGAUGGUACCGUGCACCGGAAAUCAUGCUCAACUUCAAGAUGUAUACGAAGGCAAUCGACAUGUGGUCCGUAGGAUGCAUUCUUGCCGAGAUGAUCAGUGGAAAGCCGUUAUUCCCCGGACGGGAUUACCACCAUCAACUGUCUCUCAUACUGGAUGUCCUCGGCACCCCAUCGUUGGAUGACUUUUAUGCCAUCCAUUCUCCUCGUUCACGAGAGUACAUUCGGUAGGCGUUUCUGAUGGCUAUUGGUGCCACCCAAAACUACUUAUCAAGGUUUCUUGGAUAGAGCCCUACCAUUCCGGAAAAAGAAGCCUCUUGCGCUCCUGUACCCCAAUGCAAACCCACUUGCAGUUGACCUAAUGGAAAGAUGCCUAACGUUCAAUCCGAGACGACGUAUUGACGUUGAACAGGCUCUGGCCCAUCCG